AUGAAGAAAGUGUUGGAAGUUCUCCAUAACUCGACGAUUGUGCCGAAGACUCAGAGUGACAAGGACAAUUGGUCUCGUUUCUGGGAGUCAAACAAAAAAGUUGCAGAAGAACAAGACAGCCAGUCUUUCGAGCAAUACCGCGGCGACAUUAAUGAUAUCUUGCUCAUCGUAGGUUUCGCACUGAUGUUUGAUCGGUCUGGUCUUUUCUCCGCUACCAUCACGUCUUUCAUUAUCGCGAUGGAGUCUAUUCUCAGCCCCGACCCCAGCGACACCACGAAUGCCCUUCUCACGCAACUCGUGCAUAUUGGACUCGGCAACCUCAUUGCAGCGGGCUCCACUCCCGCGGACCCAGCACCUACGUGGUCGCCGACUGUGAGGGUCCAACUUAUCGCAUACGCAAGCUUGUUCAUGAGCUUGCUAGCAACAUUCGGGGUCGUACUAGACGGGCAGUGGCUCAGGUACUACAAGUCGAAGAGACAUGAUCGCGGCUCGCUGGAGGAAUGA